AUGCUUAAACUAUUUUUAAAAAAAAGAUACGACACUUUAGUAGUGCUAGUCCUUUUAUUAAUAAUCGUGAACAGAGAUACAGAUGCAGUUGUGAGGACUUUGAGCAAGUGUAAUAGAAGUGAUGUGCAUAUUUUUGGGCGUGAAAAUGUAGGAAAGAGGACCAGAGGUGGGAGAAUUUUCCAUUUUCUUGGAUCAUCUGUGAAACCACUUUUCAUUGGUAGAAGGCACACAAAAGAUGUUUUAUUUAACCAUUUAAAACAAAAGAGAAGUAAAGUUAACUUAUUUCGUUUGAAGCUAAGUAGCAAUGCAUGGGCUAAGAAAAAUGUAGAACUAGAGAAUUACAGAAACAUUGGUAUAAUUGCCCAUAUAGAUGCAGGAAAAACAACAACGACAGAAAGGAUACUAUAUUACACAAAUGUGAUUAAAAAAAUUGGUGAAGUACAUGAGGGAUUAUCAACUAUGGAUUAUUUAGACAUAGAAAAAGAAAAGGGAAUAACUAUCAAUGCAGCUGUUACUACUUGUUAUUGGAAUGGAAGUGAAAAGAAUCUAGGAAAUUAUAGGAUAAAUAUUAUUGAUACACCAGGGCAUGUAGAUUUUACUGCUGAAGUAGAAAAAAGUUUACGAGUCUUAGAUGGAGGAGUAGUUGUAUUCGAUAGUAGUGAAGGUGUUGAAUCCCAAUCUGAAACUGUAUGGAAGCAAGCGAACAGAUAUAAUAUUAGCAGAAUAAUAUUCCUUAACAAAUUAGAUAAAGUCGGGGCUGAUUUCGAAUCAUGUAUAGAAGAAAUAAAAAGGAAAUUAAAUAAAAAAAUUCUCAUUUUAUAUGUCCCAGUUUUUGAAAUGAAUAAUUUUAUAAGCACAAUUGAUAUAUUAAGAGAAAAACUUAUUGUAUAUAAAAAUUCUCAUGAAUUCGUAUAUGAAAAUAUUCCUAAGGUAUAUUAUGACAUUUUUUUAAAAUAUAAAAAUUUAUUAUAUGAACAAAUUGCUGAAAAGUUUAAUUCUUUUCUCGAUAAUUAUUUAAACGAUAGAGUUAUGAAAAUUGAAGAAGUAGAACAUUACAUUAGGAAACUAGUAGUGGAAGAAAAAUACAAUGUUGUUAUAUGUGGUUCAGCCCUAAAAAACAAAAAUAUACAUAUGCUUCUAGAUUUAGUUGUUAAGUAUUUACCAUCUCCUAUAGAUUCAAUUCAGAAUUACAAGAAGCAAGUUAUAUAUAAACAUGAUGUUAACAAAAGGGGAGAAAAAAUCAUUCCACUCCAUUUGUGUACUGAAGGAACCGGAAAAAAAAUUGGACAGGAGGAGGAACAUGGCAAUGAUAGGAAGGAAGAAACCCAUAACAUGUUGAAAAAUUCUCAUUUAAGUGAUGAAACGAAAGAGAACAUUAGCAACCGAUUAGGUAGUGGUGGCGGAGGGGAACAGAGUCAGGAGAAGAAAUGUACGCAAGAAGUAGGGGCUAAAAAAGGAGUGAAUAACAACAUCCAACAGAAUGAUGCUUGUGCUAAUAGUGGAAAGGAGAAUGAUUUGAUUUCUGAAGAAUUGAAUGAAGUAAACAUAAAAAAUUACAAGAGAAAAGUUGUAGCUCUAAUAUACAAAAUUAUGAAUGAUCAACAUUUAGGAAACAUUAAUUAUGCUCGUAUUUAUGAAGGACAAAUAAAUAGAGGAGAUUAUAUAUUUAAUAAUAGAACAAAAAGGAGUGAUAAAAUUUCAAAGAUUUUUUUUAUUCACUCAAGCGAAAAGCACGAAUUGGAAAAUGCACGUGCAGGUGAUAUUGUUGGAUUGGUUGGGCUGAAAGAUACACAAAUUGGCGAUACGCUUAGUAAUGUUUUUCUUAGAGCAGAAUUAAAAAAGAUUAAAGAUAUUCCCCCAAUUAUAAGUUUUUAUAUAUAUAACAAAAAUAAAAAUGAGUAUGAAAAGUUAAUCAAUGCAUUAGUAAAAAUUAAAAAAGAAGAUCAUUCUUUUUUUUACCACAUCAACCCUGAUACCAAAGACUUACUAAUAAGUGGUGUCGGAGAAUUACACUUACAAAUUAUUAUAAAUAAAAUACAAAAGGAUUUUAAUGUACCAAUUGUAUACGGACAGCCACAAAUUUCAUAUAAGGAAACUUUUGUUGAAAAUGUGGAGGCCAGGGGAAAGUACAUCAAGCAAUCGGGUGGAAGAGGACAAUAUGGAGAUGUGCAUAUUAAAAUUGAGCCCAUGUAUAAUUAUGCAGAGGAAGAUGACGAGGAGGAGAAAAGUGGCAGCGAUGGGACGAAUGGAAGGGAUGGAAUCAAUGGAAACGAUGGUGAUGAUGCGAAAUUUAAAAACAAGCAAGGUAGAAAUGAUGAACAAAGUGUAGAAAGAAAUAGCAUGAAUAUUAACACAUCCGAAGUAAAUAAUAACAUUAUCAUUAAGAAUGAAAUCACAUGUGGAGCAAUCCCAUCUGCAUAUUUCGAUGCAAUUUAUACUGGAAUAAGGGAACAGUGCAAUUUGGGAGUUCUCUCAAAUUCUCCACUGAUCAAUAUUAUCGUUAGAAUAGUCGAUGGGUCAUUUCACCCUGUUGACAGUAAUGAACACGCAUUCAAGUUGGCAGCGGGGAUGGCCAUUCGGGAGGCGGCCAGAAAGACGUCUGUUCGGUUGUUGGAACCCAUGAUGAAUUUAAAUGUGUCAGUUCCCACUGAAUACUUGGGUGAUGUCAUUAGUGAUUUGGUUAAAAAAAGGGGGAAGAUACAGCAUAUCGAUGAAAGUGACGAAUAUACCAAGGAAAUUGUUGCAAGAGCACCCAUGGCUUCCAUUUUGUCCUACGUUAGCGACCUUAGGAAAAUAACCAAGGGAAGAGGCAACUACAGCAUGACGCUUCACAAGUAUGCCCUAGUGCCACAGUAUAUCCAGGAACAAAUUUUACAAAAGGAGUAA